AUGACUUCUCUUAAUUUCUCCAAUAUCAAAACACUAACUGGAUCCAACUACAAAAGGUGGAAGGAUGACCUGGAGAUAGCUCUUGGUAUGAUGGACUUCGAUUUGGCCUUAAGGGAGGAUAAACCUGCAGCAAUAACAACUACAAGUACAGCAGAUGAAAUACUAAAGUUUGCUCAAUGGGAGAAGGCAAACAGAAUGGCUCUUAUGACUAUGAGGAGGGCCAUGACAAGCAGUGUGAAAGGUGGCAUACCAAAGAGUGAUAGUGCAAAACAAUUUUUUGAUGCAGUGGGAAACAAAUUUAAGGAGUCCGAGAAAGCUAAAACGGGGAAUUUUCUCACAAAACUGACAUCCAUGAAGUUUGAUGGUGUUGGUAACGUGAGAGAACACAUACUGAAGAUGUCAGACAUUGCACAAAAGCUGAAGGAACUGGAGCAUCCAAUCACAGAUCAGUUUCUAGUGCAUAUGGCGUUGAAUUCAUUACCUGCGUAG